AAUAUAUUAAAAAUAUGGCUACUAUUCAGCUGAAUUUUACCACAGAUUUUGAGACCAACCAGGAGAGCGAAGAUGCCAAGCAGAUUGACAUUUUGAAGGAGCAGAUCCAGGCUAUAGCAACUUGGGACAAGGGCCAUCAGACAUUUCCUUAUAGUUUUAACUUUAUUAUUCAAAUCGUCCGUGAAUUGACACUCUGAUAUGAUAUUUAUGACGAAAUUAACCAAAUCCUGACACAAGGUAUUAAAGCUUGUGUUAACAACGAACGGUUUAUCAUGAACAGAAGUGAAGGAUACACCUUAUUGACCAACCAGAUCAAUGCAUAUAAGAUUUUGUUUUCAUAUUUCGAGAAGAGUUGGGCAGUAGAAACUUCUGACUCUAUUCAGGGAAUCUAUAUUAGAGAAUUACAGAACAGUAUUAGUGAAGAGAGUUCUCAAGAGAUGAUCCAAGAAUUACUUAAAAUCAUCGCUGAAUUUAGAGAAGUCUCCCAAAGAUCCAAAUUUGAAGAAGCUCAUAAUAUCACGAUGAUAUUAAUCGAUCUCGGAAAAUACAAAGAAUAUUUUGAGGCUAUUCUCAAGACUGAGACGGGGAGAUACUACUCCAAUAAAGCUAGGGAAAUAUUCAAGGAGCAACCCUUUGAUAUUCAUGACUACAUCAAGUUCAUCGAAUCUUCUCUUGAGAAGGAAAGAAUCAUCUGUAGCCAAAUGCUAGUGGGGAGUUCAGAAUACCUUAUCAUCGAGACUCUUCAUAAAGAACUAGUUGAGAACUACUAUAAAAUCUUACUCGAUGAUGGUCUUAGAGUUCUGAUCAAAAACAAGUCGACUUCUGAGAUCUCAUGACUGUAUAGAUACAUCUCGAAAGUGAACCUGCUGAAGGAAAUGUUUGACUCUUUCCAGCAAGCAAUUUGUGAUUAUGGAGUAGACAUAAUCAAAAAGCAAACAGACGACGAAGAGGAGAUGAAUGAUGUUGGCUCAGCCCCUGCUGAUUCUCAGAAGAACCCUAAGAAAAUUAUUCCUGAACUGAUUUCAUUGAGGAAAGCUACCAAAGAAAUUUUGGAGAAGCUUGAUCGCCAAUGUGACUCUCAAGAACACAGAAAUGAGUUUAGGAAAGCAGAAAAAGGGGCAUUUGAGAAGAUCUGAGAAUAUAACUCGGAUCUUAUAGCAGAAUAUCUUGCUAAACUCUUCGGAUUCUACCUCAACAAGAACUCAAAAAUGAAAACUCCAAAGACAGACCAGCAGAUAGAGGAAGAAUUAUUCAUUAAUUUGAUCGAAAUGCUCAGAUGUAUUAAGUCUAUUGAUGUCUUCUCCCAUUUCUUCAGAAAGGAUAUGAGCGCAAGACUCUUGUUCAGGCAAUUCAGAAGCGAAGAGCUAGAGGAGAGAAUAAUGGCUUCAUUUUUACAAGAGUGAGGUAAAAAUUACAUCAAAAAGAUGCAGUUGAUGCUUUCUGAGGUCAAAAAAGAAAGUUUAAAAGAAGUAGAAAGCAUUGUGAGUGAUUCCAUGUCUUCUAACUCAAAUCCUAAGCUCCAGAAUGAAGGAGUUAUAGAAGAAAAUAAGAAGGAAGAAGAUUCUGUAUUUAAGUGCCAGAUUCUAUCCCAAAACAAUUGGUCUUUGCCUACAAAAUCCAUCAUAAAGAUACCCAAGGAAGUUAUGGAUCAAGAGGAUGCAUUUUCUGCUGUUUAUACUGAGAAAUUUAAGAAGAAGAAACUCAUUUUUAACUACACUCAUUCUACUUGUAUUAUUCAGGCCAAACAUUUGUCAGUUCCAUUCGAGAUACAUACAAGCCAGAUUUUAGGCCUAGCGUUACUAAACUUUAAUGAUAAACAUGAGAUUGAACAGACUGUUGAGCUUCAGCCUUACUUAAAACUGUUAACUCCUUUGUUAAUUGAGGGACCAAAGAAACCAGGAAAUGAUCCAAACUACCUUAUAGACACAGCUUGCUAUGUUCUAAAUCCAAACUAUAAAGUCCCUGAUACAAGAAAGAUUACAAUCCUGAGAGAAGCAACAGAGGAUGAUGAUAGAAGGGAAGGUGAUUCUGAGAGUGCCAAAUCUGAAAUAAUAUCCAAGAUCAACGAAAAUAGGAAGUUCCAAAUUAUGGCAAUCAUGGCAAGAAUUUUGAAGAGAGCAAAGAGGUUGACUGAGGAAGAGUACUUCGCAAAGACUCUUGAACAGACUACACUUCCUAUGACUCAAGAACUCUUCAAUGAAACAGUGGCUUCUCUUGUAGACAGAAUGCUAUUAAAAAUUGACCAGAUCACUCAUGAUGAUAAGUCAACAUCUAAGAUCUUUUUAUACAUCUAA